UCCGGAACCCCGUUGCCAUGGAAGCAGUCGCAUUCCGGAAAUUUACUUUCUUCACUUAUCGGAUAAUCGUGGGGUAAAACGAUAUCAAUAACAGAAUAUGGAACAUGACGAUCAAUUGAGUGGCCUUCGGCUUCAGUUCCAAGCACUACAGAAACAGCAAGACAAAAGAAAACUGGAUAAGAAAAAGGGAAAAGAACCAGAGAAUCCUAAUGUCACUCAGAACCGCGAUUAUUUGGACCUCUGCCAGCAUGUCGUUCAGGCAAAUGAUCCCAGUGACGGUCUGCUGCAGAAGGACAAUCAGGCCCUGCAGGACCAGCUGAGAGAGCUUAAGGAUGAAAACGGACGGCUCUUUAAACUCCUGAGUGAAAAGGAUUUUGAGAUGAAACACCUUAAAAGGAAAAGAGAAGAGGAACGGAUGGCCUUAGCAGGCACAUCAGGCUUAGCAGGAGCUGUAGCUGCCACCAAGAUUGUUGAACUGUCCAAGAAGAAUAGAGAGCUCACUGCUGAAAUGGAGCAAGAGAAGAUUAGAUCCAUUCAAAAAAGCAACAGAAUCAAAGAACUUGAGAAACAGCUGCAAGCUGUUUUACCUCACUGUGAAGCUGGGCAGAGGAGGGACUCAAAGUUACUGGAUAAGAAUUCAUCUGAAACGGAGGAGGGGAGUGCAGAGAUCAAAUCUCUACAGGAAAAAUUAGCAGCUACCCAACUGAAAGUGACUGAGUAUCGCAACCAGGUGCAGUCUGCCAAACAAGAGCUGAAAGUGGCUCACAAGGUCCUGAUCAGUGAAGUUGGUGAGGAAGUCAGCUUUCAGCAAUUGUUAAGUUGCCCUGGGAGCUUUAGAGGUCGAUCACAGCAGAUAUUAGCUCUUCAGACAAGGGUACGGGACCUUGAGCAGCAACUGAACCAGUUGACUCAGCAAAGACAGUCAGGUGACGGAGAGCAUCAGGGUGUGGGGGUCCUGCAGAAAACUUCUCCCCAAAACAGGAACAUUAGCUACAUUCGCACCAUGGAGAAAGAGAAGAGGGAGGCAUUUGAGAGGGUCUCAGCAGAUUACGAGGACCUCUUGAAAGAACAUGAGAGUCUGAAGAAAAAGUUAGAGGCCUUUAAAGCAAGGAACAGAUCUCAGUCUGAAGAAAUCAAAACUCUUAAGGUUCAGAUCUCCACCCUGUUGGAGAAAGGUAAACAUGAUGAUGAGCUUGUGGAUGCACUUUUGAAGCAACAGAGCCAGAUGCAGACAGUGCUGAAACAGCUCACAAAACAUCCAGCUAAGCAAAGCAAGGAGCCUAAACAGAGCAUGAAACCAGAGCAGAUUAAUGAGCCUUCAGAGCACACUGUUCUCAUCCAGCAGCUGAAGCAGAUGGUGGCUGAGAAAGAGGCAACGAUCAGAGAACUACAAGAGGCUCAGAAAAUACCUGACCAGCACUGGAUUGCAGAGAGUGUUUCAACCAAUAAAACAAAGUGCUGUUCAAGAAUGUCACCAGAAGAUGGAGACACUGACCAAAGAGCCACUCCUUCAGAGUCAAGCCAGCAUCAUGCCUAUUAGUUACAUUUACAGUUUGUUGUAUUUUUAUCUAUCUAUCUAUCUAUCUAUCUAUCUAUCUAUCUAUCUAUCUAUCCGUAUAUAUAUAUA